AUGUCCUCGUCAUCUUCUCAUUACAAAUUCUUUUACAGGCCGAGUAGCCCGAAGAUCCAUAUCAACACGCAUACAGGUGCUACCCCAUUCCGAUACUCUUUCCCCAGAUGCGGACGGAAAUUAAAAGUAAAUUCCAAUAUGCGCGGGCAUUAUCGAAAUCGUUCCAAUCCUACUGCAGCUUCACUUUUCCCCUCCGGGUCUGCAUCCUUACGAUUUCCUUCUCUGCAUCCGUCUUCACAUCCAUAUCUGGCUGGUGACCCAGAAAUGCCAUCUGACUGUCAAUAG